AUGGCAGAUAUUGAAGAUGGGUCCAAACGUGGCCCAGGGGAUCUUGGUCAGAUGGACUCGUUUGUACCUGGUAUUACGCCCGUAUGGGUCAAGACCUGGGGAUGUUCGCACAAUGCUAGUGACAGCGAGUACAUGGCUGGAAUAUUGGCUAAGAUUGAUUUGGGCUACGUAAUUCCACAUCCUUAUGCCCCACUUGAUUAUGAUAUAGCCAUCAAGUAUGUUUUCAAAACUUAUCUAUCUUUGUUUUCACGUUUAAGGUCCAAACGUGGCCCAGGGGAUCUUGGUCAGAUGGACUCGUUUGUACCUGGUAUCACGCCCGUAUGGGUCAAGACCUGGGGAUGUUCGCACAAUGCUAGUGACAGCGAAUACAUGGCUGGAAUAUUGGCUAAGGCAGGGUAUCCUAUUGUGAAGAAAGCUGAUGAUGCCAAGAUUUGGGUAUUGAAUAGCUGUACAGUAAAAACACCUUCUGAAACUCAAGCAAGUAAUUUGUGCGAAGAAGGAAAGAAAUUGGGGAAAUAUGUGGUUAUGGCUGGAUGUGUAUCACAGGCUGCACCUGAUGAGCCAUGGUUGAAGAACGUUUCUAUAGUGGGAGUGAAGCAAAUCGAUCGAAUAGUGGAAGUUGUAGAGGAAACCUUGAAGGGAAACACAGUAAGGUUAUUGAGUAGAAAACGACCAGAUGCUGGCCUUUCAUUACCGAAAAUGCGGAAGAAUGAACUGGUUGAGGUUCUGGCCAUAAAUACUGGUUGUUUGAACCAUUGUACUUAUUGUAAAACCAAAAUGGCAAGAGGAGAUUUGAAGAGCUAUCCGUUAGAGGAGUUGGUAGAACAGGCACGAACGGCAUUUGAACGAGAUGGCGUAAAAGAACUGUGGCUCACUUCUGAAGACCUUGGCGCCUGGGGUAGAGAUAUUGGUUUGGUCCUUCCUGAUCUACUCGAUGAGCUUGUGAAAGUGAUUCCAGAGGGAUGCAUGAUGCGGUUAGGCAUGACUAAUCCUCCCUAUAUCUUGGAUUAUUUAGAG